AUGGGUAGGAGCAUGGUACAAAAAUUACCAGGGGUUCUUGAAUUAGAUGUUGUCUCAGCAUUGUCAACACAAGUCUCUACGCUGACCAACCAAGUCAAUCAGAUGACCACUAUUAUUAACAAUCAACAAGCCCAGCCAGUGCAACAAGUUCAAAUAUUUUGUGAAGUUUGUGGAGAGGGUCACAUGAGCAAUCUAUGCCCAGUAAAUCCAGAGUCUAUAUAUUUUGUGGGCAAUCAGAAUCAAUACUGGCCUCAAGCACCUCAACAACAAUCCAGACCACCUCAGGCUGAACAACAAGCUAACCUUGAGGAGAUGAUGAAGAAAUUGAUGGCCGACCAGCAAGCCCUCAAUCAGAAAUUAAUAGCAGAUCAACAAACUUUCAAUCAGAUUAUAAUGGUUGAUCAACAAGCUCAAGCCGCAGCACUGAGAAAUUUGGAGCAUCACGUGGGCCAACUUGCCAGUGCCCAAAAUACCAGACCAGUAGGGGCUCUUCCUAGUGAUACUGAGCCCAAUCCUAAAGCUCAAGUUAAUGCGGUUACCUUGAGAAAUGGAAGAGCAUUAGAAGAAGUUCCAAAGAAAAAGAAGAAUACAGCUCAUCCUGAAGGAGAAUUAGUUCCCAAGCCAGUUGAGGGGAAUGAGAAAGAUGAUAAAGGACCCGAGCCAGAAGUGCCUAAGUAUGCAAGGUAUCUCAGAGAUAUUGUGGAAAACAAACGAAAACAUGUAGAGUUCAAAACAGUUGCACUUACUGAAAAGUGUAGUGCCAGAGUUCAGAGUAAACUUCCUCGUAAGUUGAAGGAUCCUAGGAGUUUCACAAUUCCUUUGUCUCUUGGAAAACAAGAAGUUGGUAGAGCCCUGUGUGAUUUAGGGGCUAGUAUAAAUUUGAUGUCAUCCUCUUUGUUCAAGAAACUUGGAUUGGGGGUGCUUAGACCUACUACAAUCACUUUACAGUUAGUAGAUAGGUCACUAGUCAUUCUAGAAGGAAUUAAUGAGGAUGUGUUAGUUCGAGUGGGAAAGUUUAUUCUUCCUGCUGAUUUUAUUAUUCUUGAUUACGAGGCAGAUGAGGAAGUGUCCAUUAUUUUGGUGCAACCAUUCUUAGCUACUGGUGGAACAAUUAUUGAUGGAAUAGAGAACAGUCAGUAUGUGAAUUAUAGUGAUCCAGAUGGGACAACUGAGUUAGAGGAGGUGAUGUUUCUAGCUGAGCGUGUAAAGAUGAUUGAGAAAAGAGCCGGAGAUGAAAGAGGAGACCUUCCGAGAGCGUGCAAAAAGGCUAGACUUCAUGGGAGAAAGAAGAAGAGAAAGUGCCCAGCUUGA